AUGCGCGGCAGUACGUCGAGAACCAGCCACGAGAACGGACCAACGGACGGUCGCUCGGAUUGGUGCGGCGGUUAUAGAUUCGCAAAAAAAAAAUAAACGGUUCGAAUAUCUUGGCUGGGCAUCUAUUGCCGGUUUAAUUAUAUAAUAUUGCAGCGUGAACAAAGCGUGGCGUCUAAUUAACGGAGGGUCAUCUCGAUUUGGGCCGGAGCUUUUGCGGCCUAAUUGAGAACGAAAUGCAUUUCACACCGAUUCAAUAUUUGCUAUUCGCAUUGCUUGCAUUUGGCUGCCCAUUGGGAGCAAGCAGCUCUAAAAUUCUGGUGCUUGUACCAUUUCCUGCACCAAGCCACUGGCUUUGGCUGAACCACUUCGUCCAGGAGCUGCUGGAACGAGGUCAUCAGUUAACGGCCGUCACCAACUUUCCCGCCAAAUCAGCCCAUCCCAACUACACAGAGAUUUUGAUCGACCCACCAUACGAUAUCCCACACUACUUUCCGAUUUCGGAUAUAUUCGACUCCAAAUACAGCAGCGACUGGUCCAACUUGGCACUAUACUGGAGGGUAGGCCUCACUACGACACAAUAUGCCCUGGAGAAUACCAAUGUACAACAAUUCAUCGAGCAGGAUGAUACCGACUUUGAUUUGGUCAUUUCGGAGCAGUUCUACCAGGAGGCGUUCCUGAUGUUUGCCCACAAGUACAGGGCUCCGAUCGUGACAUUGGGAACUUUGGGGUAUACGGAUUUUAUGGACAGAGCAAUGGGACUGAUGACUCCAUGGUCAUUUGUUCCACAUCCCAUUCUGUUGUACAUGGAUGAAAUGAACUUCUUCCAGAGGUGCUACAAUUUCCUGAUUUCAGUAACCGAUGCCGUUGUACGUAAAUACUAUUACCUACCACGGCAGGAUAGACUGGCCAAGAAAUACUUUGCUUCUAUUGAAGGGCCGGAAUCGUUUCCAUCCGUAAAAGAGCUGGAAACGUCCAUCUCGGUAAUGCUGAUCAACAGUCAUAUUUCAACUUCCCCUCCAAGGCCAUCGAUUUCCGGUCUUGUCAACGUAGCCGGUGCCCACAUAAAAGCAGCCAAGCCCCUACCCCAAGACAUUCAACGAUUUCUGGAUAGCGCCACUGAUGGUGCCAUUUUCUUCAGCCUUGGAUCGUAUGUCAAAAGCUCCGACAUGCCUAAAGACAAGCUGAAAGCAUUUUUCGAAGUGUUUCGGAAUCUCAAACAAAAAGUACUAUGGAAGUUCGAAGAUGAAUCUAUGGUUAACGUUCCGAAGAACGUUAUGGUUAGAAAAUGGCUUCCACAGAGCGAUAUUCUGGCGCACCGGAAGAUAGUACUGUUCAUAACUCACGGUGGCAUGUUUGGCAGUCAAGAGGGUAUAUACCGAGGGGUUCCGAUGCUGUUCAUUCCAUUUUAUGGAGAUCAGCAUCGUAAUGCUCUGAAGGCGGAACGAGCCGGAUAUGCGCUGACACUCAACUUUGCGGAUGUGAAUAUCAUAACGUUGGGUUCUCGAAUAAACGAACUACUGAGCAAUCCGACUUAUACCCGGUUAGUUAAAAAAGCAUCCGAAUUGUUCCGCGAUAACAUCGUUCCACCGAUGGAGGAAGCGAUGCACUGGAUCGAGUAUGUCAUCCGGCACAAGGGUGCCAAACACCUGAAGGCGACUUCCGUGGAUAUCAGCUGGUGGCAAUAUCUAAUGUGGGAUGUAAUUGCAUUCUACCUUACUAUUGUGACAUUAACUAUUUGGGUCACAACCAGAAUCAUCACUGCACUCUGUGUGAAACCUGCCAAGCACAAACCAAAGGAUCCAAAACGGAACAUCUCCACAACUAAGUUGAAAAAUCCAAAGAAAGUAAAGAAUAAUUGAACAAUAUAUUUUAAGAGUAAUGAAA